UCAAAAUCCUGCAAAAAAAGUGAAUUGCUAAAAACAAAAAAAAACAUCCAAAACAGAAAUCUCUCUAAAACUCUCCUCCUCCUCUCUAGGAAGAAGGUGAAUAGUCACUUUUCAUGAUCCAUAACUCCGGAAUCCGGCGGUGGAUUGUCGCAAAUUUGGUAUCAAAAGAAGCAUCUACUCUUUGCGCACAAUCCCCAAUUGGUUUCAUCCUCAAAUCCAUAGCCAAUUUUUCCAGAUCUUAAAUUUUAUUUCGCAAAAUUACUUUAGCACGCACAUUUUUUCCAGAAAAUAUUAACGCUACUGCUUUCUUUGGAAUUGUUAUGGUUAUUCUAUGAUAAUGGAGUGUUGAAGAACUCUAUGGAAGCAUCGACCUCUCCCCAGCUUUUGGCUGUGGGAGAGAGGAAUCCAAAUCAUAGCGACCAUAUUCCAAACAUCAAGACCCAACAAACGUAUGCCUCUCAUCUGAUUACAAAUCAUUCUGCCACAAAUUCUACAAAACUUAUUUUAAAACCGGUCCAAAUUGUCCAUGGAGAACCAACAAUACAAUUCACAAUGGAGGAAAGACAAAGAUUUGCUGUGGAGGAGGGACUUCACCAAGCAGUUGUCGUCAAAUUAUCGCAGCGAUCUCCAGCUUUGCAAGAUUUGCGUAAUUUACUGCCUAAGGUUCUGGGAAUUAAAGGCCAUUGUUUGGUUGGUCAACUUGAUCCGAAACAGUUGUUAAUCAGGUUAGAUCAACAUGAUGACUUAGUUACUGCUCUUGCAAGAGCAGUUAACUACUUUCCCUACAAAGGAGAAGAGCAUCAAUAUCGUAUUUUUCCUUGGACAAUUGGUUUCAAUCCUAAUGAAGAAACGACUAUGGCUGUUGUGUGGAUUCCAUUGCCAAACUUAUCUCCAGAAUUGUUUGCUAGAAAGUCUUUAUUAUCUAUUGCGUCGGCAGUUGGAAAGCCAAUCGCUAUUGACAAAGCAACACAAGUGAAAUCUAGACCUAGCACUGCUAGGGUCAGAGUUAUAGUUGAUCUAGUUGCUAAGCUGCCACAACGUGUUAGAUUACAGUAUGUUGACAAUGAAUCUGGUAAGGUUGUUGAGGUUUUUCAAGAAGUUGUCUAUGACAAUCUUCCAGGAUACUGCAAUAUCUGUAAGCACCAAGGACAUGUCGAAUCGGCAUGUCGCGUUCUUAAAAAGAAGAAUAUCAUGGUAGCAGUAGCUCAGAUUGAAGAAGAUCAGCCUCGUCAAGAACAAAUUGGUGGUGCGAAAUACAAGGGAGAUUUGCAUCAGUUUUUGAAUGAGAGGAGGGCCUUGAAUGAUGGUGAUCGAACUACUGGAGAUCACAUUAAUCCUACAGAUGCUACACAGGUUUUAAGCGCUCCUCAAGGGGCUCAUGAACACGCUGAAAAUUUGAUCAAGACACCACAUGUAGCAGCUGUUUCUACUACUGCUUUGGUUCCUGUUGAAGCUCUUGCUAAUGUUUCUCAUAAUGUAGCUGUAGCUGGGCAGAGUAAUUCACGUCCAGUCUCAAUGGAUGCUACUGGUGAUCGAAAUAGCAUGGAAAAAAUAGCAGCUGGACAGUCGCGUAGGGAAACUAGUACAGAGUUUAAAGGAACAGGUGUAAAUAUUGAAGCUGUGUCUACUGCUGCUGCAAUUCCAAUUGGUGCUGGGCAGAAUGUUGAGAAUAAAAAUCAUGCAGGAGGUGAUACAAUUUUGAAGGACAUACCUGCUACUACAGUUAUGGCAAGGAUGUACUCAGCUUUGGGCACAACUACACAAAUGGAGAAUGGUACUGUUGGUGAGGGAAGUAGGGCACGGGAAGGUGUUGUAGAACAGCAUGAUUUGGUUACACUGCCAGGGCAUGAUAAAGGUUUUGAAUUUUCACCAACUGGUGUAGGUGCAAUUUUGGAGGCUACUACUGCAUUGCAAACAACUGGUGCUCGACCUGUUGCACCUGUAGAACCAGUGGAGAAAUUAGCAGUAGCAGGUGCACAUUUUGGUACAGCGACCAAUGUUAAAUCAGUGGUACAAGCAGCUAGUUUUGAUGUUGCUGGAGAUAUUGAAUUAGAUGUUGAACGUUUUGGGCAAACUCCUAUUGAACAAAGAAAAGCCAAUGAUCAACAGGUUAUUAAAUUAAUUCCUCAACGUAAUAAUGCUAACAGGAAAGAACAGGAAAUUGACAAAGGAGAUGAUGUUACUGAAAUUCUUGGCAAACGAGAUACUAGGGAAGUAGGUGGAACAUCUGCCAACAAGAACAAUACUGAUAUGUUGGAAGCAGGACCUCAACAUGGACAACAAUCACUUGCCAAGGGCUGGUCUAACGGUAAGGAGUUGGAACUGGCAGACUGUGUGUCAAAUUCUGAAAAAAUCAGCUCUCCAAGGCACAAUGUGUUGCCACAACUGAUGAAACAGCAGCAGUUCUCUAGUGCUAGCACAACAAGAACACAAAGAAACCAAAACCAAAUUUGUCCAGCAAGUUCAGCAAUUGGGAGAUGUGCAGAUAUGAUUACAACCAGAUGCUCAAACAAGGAAAUUAUUCCAGUUGUGGAGGAACUAACGGGCACUCCUACGAUUCUUUUUUCCAGUCCACAAGUGGAGAAAAUUAUCAAAGAAUCACAAAUUGAAAUGAUGAUGUAUCCCAAUCCUAUAUUCAAGCAACCAUUGGUAACCUUGAACACAUCGGCGUAUGACAUUCCUUCUCAAUCGUGCGAGUCACUUGGUGAACAUAGGGAUGAAUCUGGGCAACCCAUACUGUCCACUGGCAAUAACAACGAAAUAAUACAAGCUAAUGUGAGGGACAUGAUCAGUGAAUCAAAGUUAUUGGAACACCAACGAGAGGAGGAUGAUGAUGAGGAGAACUAUGCUGGGAAUUCGAGUGACGAUGAUGCAGGGGCGAAGCCCCCCUAUGGUUAGGGUGGUCAAUUGACCACCCUUCAUCGAAAAAUUACUCUGCCUAUUUAGUUUGAACACCCUUAAGGAAAAUCCUGGCUUCGCCACUGCGAUGAUGAUCAAGAUAGCGAAGAAGAGGGUGUGCUUUCAGUUGGCUCACCACCAUUGCAAAAAACUGGCAGCUCUCCUAUGUUAUGUUCCAGCAGCAAACUUAAUGCAAAAGCCCCCGUUUUUUUGACUAAAUCUGGGCAGCAACAUUUGGGAACAAGCACAACAGGUGUAGGUCGGAUGAAAAAUGGAGUACACAGUAGGCCUGGGCAGCAGCAGACUAUUAGAAGCACACCACCUGCCACUCUAAUGGAGAAUCAAAUUGCAGCAACACCUUCAGCUUUUGGACAGCAGCAACACAUUGCAAGCUCUUCAAAUGUUUUAACAUCAAAUGCUGAACAACAGAAGCAAAGUGCAAGUAAUUCAACUGCCUUACUAGUGAAUUCAAAUGAUGCAAAGAGGCAGCAGGACUUAAACGCUCCAGCAGCAUUGACAACUACUGGACAGCAGCAGCGAAAAGAUACAAAUGUAACUGAAGGAACCUCGAGUGUAGUGCUAGCCGCAAAUCAAUCUGGGCAGCAGCAGCCUGAUCCAAACAGCUCACCUGCUAUCCAUACGUAUGGUCGAAAUCCUACUGUUGGUAGCACUGGACGCAUGAGUAGAAGCAGAAACAAAAUGAAGAUCACAGAACAACAAAAAAGCAAGGCAAUCAUGGUUAACUCUCAGGAUGGAAAUACUUUGGUGACACAAGCUUAUGCUCAAGCCACUCCAAAUCAAGCUGUUAUUCCUACAGGUGAUCGAGAAAUCACAGCACCAACAUCUGGACAGAAGCAAAUUGCUACAUCCAUUCAAGUUAUGUCACAUGAUGAGAGAAUGUUUUGGAGGCAAUGCUGAGCUCUAAUGCUCCACAAUCUGUGAAUUUGGGGAUAGACCUAAAUUUAGCAGGAGAAGAUGAUCCAAUUUUUCAAUACUGCAGGGGAGUGGAUUUAUCACCUUCGCGCAUCGGACCAAAUCACAACAUUCGUACAAGAGAGAAAAGCUGGGACGGCAAGGUGAGUGAGGAAGGAAUUGCUAGGCGACUUCCAAUGAGAGUUGCCAAACAAAAGCAGGCUGCCGCAACUACUUCUACGAGGUCCAACCGUUCAAAAAGGAAAUGAUGAUUUUUGAAUACAUUUUGCAAACGGUUGAGGAAAACGACAAAGAAUUACAAAUUGAAGAUUUUACAAGUUUGGAAAAGAAGGGACAAGAAUCAAAUUCAUACUACAUUUUAUUUUACCACUUUCUUAGUAUCCUCAUCUGUAAUAUCAUCACAGAGUAUGUUAUAAACUCUGUGAUGAUCAUAGAAUAUUUGGUCCUUUCAAGUUCAUAUUUUUUACAUGCUUGUUAGUAGGCGAGGCUUUUGUAUGCCUCACUAGGAUUAGUAAGGUAAGGUUUAACCCAGUUUAUGUUGCCUUAGCCCUAUGCCUUUGGAAAUUAUCCAAAUGGCUAUUAGAUUAUAUGCCCUCGUGAGACAUUGCCGGCAGCUACUACAUGAAUCCUCUACAUGAGGCUGCCUUCAUAAAGCAGUGUGAGGCGCAGAGGAGUGAUUAUAUAGCCGAGGCAUAUAGGUAACAAUA